CCCGUGUCUCCUGCGAGCCGCACUAAACGACAGCCAGACAGAGAAAGAAAAGACGCAGGACCUGCAGAGCCAAAAAACUCUGCCUCUUCUGGAUCUCGUUCAACUCGACAACCAAAAGCCUUUCCAAAACUCUAACUAAAAGAGGAAGGAAGAUAAAAAAAAAAAUCCCGAAGCGCUCACUGCCUUCACUUUGACUUUGCCGCCUUUCUGCCAAGAUUUAUCUUCCGGUGUUGUUUUUUUUAAAAAAAAAAACUUCUAGGAGGAAAAAAAAAACUGAGAAAGCACAAAUUUGAACUUCAGAAAUGUGAAGGUACCGGCAUCUCUUUCACCCAGAUUCCAGGAUCCCCGUUUAAAUUCAUGCAAUACAGUGCAAUGUCUGGGAGCGUUUUGUAACGGGAUAUCUCGAGGCUUUUAGCUGCAUACACCGAAGAGCUGCAAGUUCAAGUUCGAAUAAGGCCCCGGAGCUCUACGCCGUGAGGGAAUUUUCCAUUUCGUUUCUAUACGGAUCGGGGCGCUGGUCCAAAGUCCUCUGCUCAUAAAAUCAUAACUCCGAGAGAAAGGGGAAAGAAAUUUUUUUUAUGCUGUGGUUUCUGAAAAACCAGCGAAAGUGGGCUGGUAAAAAUGGAAUGCGUUUGCUGGAAGAGGAGGAGAAUGACUGUGUAAUUAAGUGAAAAAAAAAUCUUUGAGACUGAUUUGUUAGGAUCGUGCAGACCGGAGGGUGUUGCCGGUCGAUAUUAUAUCAAGUUUGAAAAGUAAACACGGGAUCAGAAAUUUGGCGCCUUCUUCUUUUAUAAUGCACUUGUGAACGAUUUUUCUUCUCGUCAAGAAAAGGACGUUCUCCUACAUUCCGGUGGAGUUUUUGUGCCGUGCCUCACUGCGGGAUUUCUCGAGUCAUUGUGGAUGCAAUCGGAGUGAACUUUCCUGACAGGAAAAAUAAGAGUGAAAUCUGAAACGAUAUAGUCAAACGAAGCUUGAAUCAAAGUUUCACACUCUCGGAUUAGACUAACCAGCGGCUUGGGCUUCCUUUUUUUUUUUACGAGACUUCUUCAUAUGUCUGCACUAUUGGGAUGGGAAGCAUGAAUCGAUAAGACCGUUCCACCUGAUAUUCAGAAGGACUUUGGUGGUUAAGUGAAGCUUGUUAUUGAACAGGGUCAUGAUGUAUUCUCCAAUUUGUCUAACACAGGACGAGUUCCACCCGUUCAUCGAGGCGCUCCUCCCGCACGUCCGCGCCAUCGCCUACACCUGGUUCAACCUGCAGGCGCGGAAGCGCAAGUACUUCAAGAAGCACGAGAAGCGGAUGUCCAAGGACGAGGAGCGGGCGGUCAAGGACGAGCUGCUGAGCGAGAAGCCCGAGAUCAAGCAGAAGUGGGCGUCCCGGCUGCUGGCCAAGCUCCGCAAAGACAUCCGGCAGGAGUACCGCGAGGACUUCGUGCUCAGCGUCACGGGCAAGAAGCACGCGUGCUGCGUGCUCUCCAACCCCGACCAGAAGGGCAAGAUGCGCCGCAUCGACUGCCUGAGGCAGGCCGACAAGGUGUGGCGCCUGGACCUGGUGAUGGUCAUCCUGUUCAAAGGCAUCCCUUUGGAAAGUACGGACGGCGAGCGGCUCGUCAAGUCCCCGCACUGCACCAACCCGACACUUUGCGUCCAGCCGCACCACAUAACGGUGUCGGUCAAGGAGUUGGACUUGUUUCUAGCGUACUAUGUCCAGGACCAAGACUCCCAGCAGUCAGGAAGUCCCAGCAACAAUGAGCCAGGCAAAAAUCCUCCAGGUUACCUGGAGGACAGCUUCAUCAAAUCCGGAGUCUUCAGCGUGUCUGAGCUGGUGCGAGUAUCCAGAACACCCAUCACCCAGGGAGCUGGGGUGAACUUCUCCAUGGACAUGCCCAGUCAGCCAUACUACCACGACCUGAACUCUAGCGUGGGGCUCCACCGGUCACUGUCAUCCCCGCCCGGCAGCAAACGGCCCAAGACCAUCGCCAUCGAGGACAGCAUGGAGACCAGUCCAUCUGGGGACUUCUACUCGUCCCCCAGCUCCCCGGCCAGCAGGACCUGGCACGAGCGAGACCAAGCAGACAUGUCGUCUCCCACCAUGAAGAAGCCAGAGAAGCCAUUGUUCAGCCCCACCUCUCCGCAGGACUCGUCCCCGAGGCUCAGCACUUUCCCCCAGCACCACCACCCAGCCCUCGCAGGAGCCGGACACAGUGUUAUUUCGACAAGGAGCCCGCCCCCUCCUUCACCGCUGCAGUUCUCCGCCCCAGCCAUCCUGCCCCCCGCCCCGUCAACCUACUUCUCCCAUCCCACCAUCCGCUACCCGCCCCACCUCAACCCCCCCGACGCCCUGAAGAACUACGUACCGCCGUACGACCCGUCCAGCACACAGGCCAGCCAGCCCAACAGCAGCAGCCAGGUGGUGGGGAAGGUGCCGGGCCACUUCACCCCGGUGCUGGCCCCCUCCCCGCACCACGGCGUGCGGCCCGUCUCCCUCUCCAUGCCAGACACCAAGCCCAUCACCACAUCCACAGAAGGUGAGCCAGCUUCGCCCAGCAGCACCUCGUACUCGGCGCCAGGCACCCCCACGUCGAACCGCUUCGUGGGACUGAGCUCCAGGGAUCCGGCCUUCCUCCACCAGCAGCAGCUGAGAAUAUGUGACUGGACCAUGAAUCAGAACGGCAGACACAUAUACCACAGUGGCAGUGAGGAUACUUUGGGGAUUGCUUGGCAAAGUCCUGGUACCUGGGCGAGCUUAGUUCCAUUCCAAGUGUCGAACGGGACUCCGAUUCUACCGGCAAAUGUCCAGAACUACAGCAUAAACAUCAUUGGUGAACCCUUCCUUCAAGCGGAGACGAGUAACUGAGGGCGGACCCGGAGGACAGACCAGCAUGCAGCACUCAUACAAUCUCCACUGUCCCUUUGCAAGGGCACUGGCCAGGAACACUAGAGGGUUGGUGGAAGCACUCUGACAGCAAGUCACCGCUUAUGCCAGGCAGUCUUUGUGUGAAGAAGUCCCCCCUGUUCAAUACUGUGAUGUACCGACACGACUUUAGAGGCCUUAUUGUCUGUAUGAAACACUAGUUUCUGUUAGUAUUUUUUCUCGCUGUUGUGGGAGCCGUAGUUGGGGUUUCCAGGCAGGUUAAAUCGUUUGACCAUGCAAAGACUGUCUGGCAAAAGACAGACUGCAGGCGUCUUUUCAAGUAAAACUAGCCUCGGAUUAAAGAGGCUGACGAGUCGAAAACUUUCACCGCAUUUCCAUAGGAGCAGAGUGUGAAAUCCGAUUUCUUUCUCUCAAUUUUCCACGGUUCAGUUGUGUUUAUUAAUCUCGAAACUGUAAUCCUGUUGAUGCAGCGCUGAUAUUUAGUUUAAGGUAAAGUUUAGCAUGUACACAAAAGAGUUAUGAGCUCUUUAAAAAAACAUUUUUAAAAGAUCCAAUCAAAAAACCUGUAUUGCUAGGUUAGAAAAAUGACCCCGUUUGGAGUGGGAAAAAAAAUCUGAUUUUUCCUUUAAAAAAAAAAAAAAAAGGAAGGAACAAAAAAAGUGAAAAAAUCUCUGGAGGCAAGUGCAAUUAAAAUGUUAUAACUGAAGGGAAGCUAUCCAAGUCUGUCAGCCCUAAGACUCUAAAUGGAGGGAGAUUAAAUGUUUUUCAAGAAAACGAAAAAAAGAACAUUAACAAUUUUAAGUUGCAUCCUCAAUUCUAAAGGGGGAAAAAAUUUGGUGAAAACAUGCAGACAAGUCUAUGUCUGACAGGGAGUGUGUAAACGGAUAGAACUGAACAUAAACAAAACAGCACUUAUAUUCUAUUGAGCCCUACCUUCCCCGAGGGUAGCUUUUAUUUAUUACAAUAGAAAAAAAAUAAAGGUGAGACACUAAUUGUGUAUAAAUGGGUUGUGAUUUCCGUAAUCGCAAAAAAAAAAGCAAACAAAAAAAAAACACAAGGAGCAUAUAUAUUUGGCCGUCAGCUUAUAAAGCUACUGUUUACAAAUCGUUUUUUUGAAAAUAGGAAUGCAGGAUGUUCAAGUUUAAAAAAAAAAAAAUACGGAAACUUCUAAGUGAAGUCUGCACUCGUUUGAGCACUAAUCUACAGAGUGUGGAGCAGUUGCAUGGUGCUUUGUAAACGCACAUACCCAACGAACGUGCAACGUUCCGGCACUGUUGCCGUAACAUCGACACCGCGAGGGUGUGACAGUGUUGUGAGAACAGCGCCCGUUUCGCCGGGUGAGUCAAACGGAUCCCGACAAUGGCAGAAAUGUACAAUACAGUUCGCAUGGAAGAGCCUUUGCCUUCACACCUCCAAUCAAGAUAUAUUUAAUUACACUAUUCCAACAAUCUUAAUUUGCACGAAGAUAUAUAGCCCACAUUACGUGCCUUGCCUUUGAAUAUAAAAGAAAA